AUGGGUGUCAUGCUGUGGACGACCGCGCUCCUGCCCAAGGGAUGCGUCCUGAGCCACGAGGACGGGCACGACGUCGCGCGGUGCCGCGACGAAGGCGGCGCGCUCGCCCGCGCCAAAGCGCUCGUCAACCUGCAGUUCAGCUGGUACCUGUCCGCCACCGUCGUGCUCGUCGUCGCGCUCUACCUCCGGAUGUGCAGCCUCUACAAGGAGGAGCCGCGGUACGUGCUGCUGGUUAGGGGAAACGACCAUGGAGAAGAAGACGAUGAUGGUGACGGCGAAGAAAACGACAUCGAGGCAGCGAAAGGCGGCUCCGGGCGUGUGUUCGGCGAAGCGAGGCCGAUGGAGAUAUCACGGCCAUAA